CUCCCGUAGCCAUUACUGUGUCUGUAGCGUCAUCAUCACCACUGCUGCAGUCCUACCUACAGAAGAAGCAGGCAGGAAGGCCCUGGACAACAAUAAAGGACGAAGCCAGUCCACAUCUGCUGCCAUUGUUCUGCUCAGAUCAAGAAUUAGGAAAGCUCGCAGAGCAAUAGCUCUCGUGUCAGUUUAGCUCGUACACUUGCAACUGCAAGUAGUGCUAGCGUUUUACUAGUACAAGGGAAGCUCAGCUGCACAAGAGGGAGAGGGAGAGGGAGAGGAAGACGGGUUCUUCCAGUGAGGUGGAGAAGAUGAUGGGCAAGUGGCACGGCGCCUUCAGCGUGUUCUGCCUUCUCUGCGCUGGCGCCCUGGCGUGUUUGCUGCCGCAGUCCUCCGGGGCGGCCGAUUCCACGUGGCAUCGUAGUCUUGCACGGCCCGACGGCAUCAGCAGCAAGGGCUCCUUACCUCGCCGGACCCCCGCGCAGCACCACGCCGGCCUCCCACCACUCUCCGCUCCGCCGCCCACCGCUGGAGCCGACCUGCCGCCGAGCCGCGCCCCCGAGCAGCCGGGCCCGCACUUCGGCUUCCCGCUGCAGCCGACGUUCGGUUCCGCGGCGCCCCCGGUGGGGCCGAGCGGCGGCGAGGGGUACCCGUUCGUCGGCAGCAACCCGACGGUGCCGCUGCCCACCGGCAUGACGGACACCGCCACCGUGCUCCCGCUGCCCGACACAGGGGACGCCACCACCACCAAGCAGGUGGUGGGGUUCGCCGCGUCCGUUCGUGUUCAGGGCUCCAUGAUUGGGCUUGUGCUUUUCUCAUCCAUCUUCUUCUUGUUGACGAGCUAAUUGUGCUACCUACAUCGAAACUACUGUGAACUGAUGGCAUGCAUCUAGAGACUUUGCUUUCAUCUUCCUGUAAAUUCGACUGCAUCAUGUUUCACUUUGGCUUUGCGAA